UUUCCGUUAGCUUUCGUUUGAGCACCUCCGCGUGUCGAUCGGGUCAAGCACUCCCGAGAUACAGCACAGCCCUCACCCACACCCCUUAUGUGGGGCAUCUUUGCCCUUUUCGGGGUCCUGCUGCUAAGCAUGGGACGUAAGAGAGUAGACCCAGAGCAGGCCCAGAAGGCUGUAGAUGCGGUACGCAGCGGUGAGAUGUCGCUCCGCGUUGCUGCGAGGACCUACGGGUUACCGCUAGCCUCGCUGCACGACCGUGUGAAGAACAAGGUGGCCAUAGAUGCGAGGGUUGGUCCCGGGACUGUCCUGAGCAAGGAGGAGGAAGAUUUCGUAGAAGACGUCUUGAUCUACGCCUCCCGACACUUCUUGCUGUUGGGUCGGAGGGAGCUGAGAGACGCUGUGCGCAACAUCUGCACCGACGGGCGCAAGGUGCCCUGGGACCCAGACAAGGGCCCUGGGGACAGCUGGCUUGAGGGGUUUAUGGCGAGACACCCGGGUUUGUCGGAGCGAGCCACCCACAUCUACGAAGCAAACCGGAUUAACGAAGACGGCGAGCCUCGCCUUCAAGCUUUCUACAAAGCAUGGGCGGAGUACCUGGAGGAGACCAAGCUCCCGCCGGAACGCAUCCUCAACACGGAUGAGACAAGUUCGACCCCUCAAGGUACAAAGUCGGGGAAGGCAAUCGUCGCAAGAGGCACCAAGGUACCCGGCGCGAGGCGUUCCAAUUCGCGAGAAAAUACGACGGUGGUCGCCACCAUCGGUGCCGACGGCCACACGUUCCACCCUACCAUCAUCUUCAAAGGCCAGCGUAUGCAACCCGCUUGGAUCCAGGACAACAACGGCGUCCCCGAUGCGAAGUACACCGUCACGGAGUCAUCCUUCAUCCAGAGCCACGUCUUCCUGGACUAGCUUCGAGACCUCCGCAAGCAGCUCGAUGCGCGCGGCUUGCUGGGCAA